UGGAAAUAAAUCCGAGUGUGUCAUGAAUAUUUAUAGCUGAGAUUAUUGGAUGCUUUUUCCCACUCAAACACCCAGAGUCAGAAAUAAAGAUUUUACAAAAUUGCUUCCAGUCGCCUCCAUUUUUUAUGCGAGGCCUUCACAUAGGUCCAGACAGCAUAUGUUUAAUCAGUGUACUUAGACAUAAACAUGGUUUACCCUGUAGGCUCUGUUCCUGUUUACACACCCAAGGAUUGCACCAGAGUCCAGGACGAAUCUAGUUCAACUCCUGGACGAUACAAGCUCGUCUGUGAACUGCGGACGAUUAAUUCUGAGUUUGAUAAGACGAAUUUUUCUGUAAUUCCCUCCUUAGGCACAGUUUCAUUGACGAUUCUUUGUGCAGAGUCCAUACCUUCAGAAUCCAGGUUAAGUGGCUUUUCUGGGUUACCAGUGUUAAAAAAUAUCUCCAUCCUAACUCAUCCGUAUGAGACUGAUCUGAACCUAUCCUUCUCUCCUCUCUCCCUAACUUCACUUCCUAACUUAAACAGGUUGGAUCUAUCUAGUUCCGGAGUAUGGAAUCUCCCAGAUCAGGAAUUAUGUACACUGUCCUCUUUGAACCACUUGAACCUAUCAAACAACAGGAUUGCAGACAUUGCGGAUUUGGGAGUAUCGAGGAGCCACUGCCCCUUGUCCCUAAGUAGCCUGGACCUAUCAGGAAACCAACUGAGGUCCCUAAACACAGGAUCCCUGGAGUCCUUCGUCCAACUCAAGAGUUUAGAUUUGUCUACCAAUAUUAUAAGUCAGAUCGCUGAAGGAUCGCUCAGAGGGCUAGCCAGCCUAGUGAGCUUAGAUCUCUCAGGAAACAGUGUAGAUACCCUUCCAUCAACCCUUUUCCAGGAUACCCCGGAGCUGAGACAACUAAAACUGAUAAACAACAGAUUAUCCAUUCUCUCAUCACGGAUUUUUGCGCCAAUUCCAAAUCUUGUCAUUCUAGAUUUAUCAAGGAAUGAGUUUUCCACGCCGUGUCUGACAUGUCCAGCUCCCCCCUGCCAAACCUGCCUCUCAGACAGGACAUUUGCUGGUCUGGAGAAACUGGUUUUGCUAAACCUGGCUGAGAAUAGAAUUCAGUAUUUGAACACCAACCUAUUUCAGGAGCUGGGUAGUUUACAGAUCCUGGAUUUGUCCCGGAAUCUGGUGGAAACUAUUCCUGAGGAUUCAUUUCGGGGCUUAGUCAACCUACACACUCUCAAACUUUCCCGGAACAGAAUAGAUUCCGUGGAUUUUAACAGUUUUCGCGGAUUUUCUGCACUCAACACACUCAGUCUGGAGAACAACUCAGUGGUAGAGAUUCAUCCCCAGGCAUUCUCAAACCUAACCCUGCUUCAGGAUCUAAACCUAUACUCCAAUCAACUUAAAACUAUUCCAUCCGCCCUGAGUAGCUUGAUAAGUUUGAAAACAGUUGAUCUAGGGAAGAACGGGAUAGUAGAAGUUGACACGUCACCCCUAGUUCAUCUUUCUUCAUUGAUUGGACUGAAGCUAGAUGAGAAUGAUAUCAGUUUGAUAUCUGAGGGUUCAUUUGCAAACCUGACCAACUUACAGAUCCUGAAUCUGGCUGGGAACAGGAUUAGCGGGGUAGAGAGAGGAUCCUUCAACCAGAAUAGAAAACUUCAAGCUGUGAGAUUAGACUCUAAUCUAAUUCCUGAUAUAGUUGGAUUAUUCGGUGACCUUCCAAACCUUCGUUGGUUAAACAUAUCAGAGAACAGGAUACAGAAGUUUGAUUAUUUUCUCCUUCCCCCCUCCCUAACCUGGCUGGAUAUUCAUAAGAAUGAGAUAGAGGAUAUUGGAAACUAUUUCGACAAAGAAUCUGAGCUUAAUAUUCUAACUUUGGAUAUUUCAUUUAAUAAAUUGAAAACCAUCAGUGCUAAAUCUAUUCCAGAUAGGGUUCAGCUUCUUUCACUUAACGAUAACUUAAUUACGCGAGUGGAUCCUCAUACGUUUAAAAACAAAACUCGUUUGGUUCGAGUGGAUCUCUACGCAAAUCAAAUUGUCAAACUGGAGACAAGCAGUGUCGGUCUGUCUGAACCUAGACUUGGAGAAACCGCAACCCGUCCGGAGUUUUACCUUGGAGGAAAUCCAUUUCUCUGUGAUUGCAACCUGGAAUGGUUAAAAACAAUCAAUGGUGUGCGAAGGGGAGCCAGAUAUCCGUUUGUGAAAGAUUUAGAAUCUAUUUACUGCAAACUGAUGUAUUCUCAGGAGAAUGCAUACAUUCCUCUGGUUGAAGCAAAGCCGUCAGAUUUCCUAUGUCCCUACACGGCACAUUGUUUCCCUCUGUGCCACUGCUGUGACUUUGAUGCCUGUGAUUGUGAAAUGACAUGUCCUGAGAACUGUACUUGUUAUCAUGAUCAGCCCUGGAGUACUAAUAUUGUAGACUGUGCCUCAAGUGAGUUCAUUGAGCCACCAACAGCUAUACCUAUGGAUGCAACUGAAGUUUAUCUGCACGGUAACAACUUCCAACUUCUUUCAAGCCAUUCUUUUAUAGGCAGGAAGAAACUUCGAGUUUUAUUUCUGAAUAAUUCCAAUAUUGAAGCAGUUCUCAACUAUACAUUCUAUGGACUUAGAAGAUUAGAGGCCCUCCAUUUGGACCACAACAAUAUUCAGCGGUUGGAAGGAUAUGAGUUUCAAACUCUAAGAGGUCUAAAGUCCCUCUACUUGGAUCAUAACAGGAUUAGUUGGAUCGAAGAGAGUACAUUCACCCACCUUGAGUCUCUAGAGACCCUAACCCUAGAUAACAACCAGCUGUACAACUUUCCGGGACAUUUCUCUUUAGACAAGAACACGUUUUUGAUUGAACUCAGCUUAGCAUCUAACCCCUGGAGUUGCGAUUGCAACCUCGUGACUCAAUUUAACAUUUGGCUCGAGGAGAACAAGGCGAGGACGACAGAUUUGAGUCAAAUUGCCUGUUUCCCAAACAACUCAAAUACGCCGGGACGAUAUAUCAUGCAGAGCUUAGAGUGUUCAUUCACUGACAGUAUUACACUCCUGCAGCCAGGAGUACUCACAGAUCAUCUUCCACUCAUCAUUGUAGGAUUUAGUAUUCUUACAGUACUCUGCGUAGGGUUUGGAGUUGUUAUUUAUUACAGGACGGAACUCCGGGUAUGGGUUUUUACACAGUGGGGUCUCCGACUCUGCUACUCACGUCCCUCGGGCGAUGAGGACACUGAGAAGAUGUACGACGCCUACAUAACCUACAGUAUAAAGGACGAAAACUUUGUAAGUCAAGUCUUGAGCCCGGAGUUAGAACAUGGUGAUCCAUCCCAUCGGUUGUGUUUACACUACAGAGACUUUCCGCACAAUUCCUAUGUUGCGGAUUCUAUAAUUGAAGCUGUUAGUUCUAGUCGGAGAACCGUCCUUGUUCUAUCCAAACAUUUCCUGGUUCAUGAGUGGUGUAGAUAUGAUAUUAAAUCUGCACUUCAUGAUGUAUUAAAGAGUCGAGGCAAGUGUAUCAUUAUCUUUCUUGGAGAGAUUCCUAGUCGAAGUUUGGACCCGGAUAUGCGUCUGAUCCUGAAAUCCAACCCGACCAUUCACUGGUCGGAUAGGAUGUUCUGGGAGAAGUUAAGGUUCUAUCUUCCUCCGGGUAGUGCCCGGGCACUACAGCACUACUCCCUACCUAUAUAUGAGGUACCACACCUUCCCGCCCAUCUUAACCUAUCUCAUCACACAGGGCACAACAAGAUCUAUGAACAAAGAACCUUGGAGUCCCAACUCACACCUAAACUAUACUAGUGAAGAGUGUAAAUAUAUAAAGUGAUCUGAAACAUUGAUUAGAUUCUAACCAAGAUUGUGUUUCUCCGUUGAUCUAGGAUUAGGAUGAGUUCCCUCACUCCGGGUUAAACUAAGAAUAGAUCCUGGAGUAAAUUCUGCAUGAGUUGAGAUUAAUCUCUCUGCUCUGAACCCUGGUUACUCCUACUAGAUGCAGAGAAACGAGACCUGGUUUACAAAACAGAUCUUAGCUCGGGGUACUACUGCAGAACACUGUGCCAUUACAUCAAGAUAAUUAA